UCUUAGAAACUGUGUCUGUAGAUGCAACUAAACGUAACAUCCAUCAGCGUAUUUUGGAAACUCUGACUCCUUUAGGAAAAACAAUAGGACACAGUCAGACCGAAUGAGGUCAAAGAUUAUCAUUGGGUCGAGGUAAUAAAUUAUACAUGGCACGUUAAAUUAUGAAUUUUCUUUGAGGGUGGGGGACCCGGAGCUUCUGUAUCUUUAAUAGUGAGGAGAGAGAUGGGAGAGGCUGCGCGUUCACGGUUUCUUUUCUCGCAGCGCGGCGUCGGGGGCGCGCAGCGGAUACCGCACUCGCUGGACAGGGAAAAAAGCGGCGUUGGACCGUAACAGCGACUCACCGGGAAAAUGAUCCCACCACCGCCCUUCAUCACCGCCGUCCUGCUCCGCAAAAGUCACGAGGAAGGAUCCGCAUCCAUAGAGGGGUCCAGUUUUUUCGCGCAUUAAACUUGUUUCAGAGGAACCAAAACUCCGUGAAUAAUAAGACAGAGGAAUUGAAGUUAACGGUGGACAGGUGCCCAAAAUGGCGAGACGGCUCCUGCAGCUCCUUGCCUUGUUGACCACCGUGACGGGCAACGUGCGGUGCUGCCCCGAGCUGUGCAGCUGCCAGGACAAGCUCACCCACCAGUUCGCGGACUGCGCUUACAAAGACCUGCUGGUGGUCCCCGUGGGGCUCCCCUCCAACGUUACCACCGUCAGCCUUUCCGCCAAUAAGAUCAAAUAUCUGAAGAGCAAGAGCUUCGUCAAUGUCACUCAGGUCAGCUCCCUGUGGUUGGCCCACAACGAGAUCGUUACCAUAGAGACGGGCACCCUGGCCCCCCUCAUCCAGCUCCGCAACCUGGACGUUAGCUACAACAAAAUAGUCAACUUUCCCUGGGUGGAUUUCCACAACCUCACCGCCCUGCAGCUGCUGAAAAUGAACAACAAUGAGAUGGUGAACCUUCCGAAGGACGCCUUCUCCACACUCAAAGACCUCAGAUCCCUGCGCAUUAACAACAACCGCUUCACCACCAUUGUCCAGGGCACCUUCGACGCACUCGCUUCCUUGUCUCACCUGCAGAUCUUCAACAACCCCUUCACGUGCUCCUGCAGCCUGCAGUGGAUGAGAACCUGGAUCUCAACCACUAAGAUCACUGUGCCGGACCAGGUCUCAAUUGUGUGUGAGGCCCCCGAGCAUCUGAAAGGCACCCAGGUGACGCAGAUGCCUAAACUGGACUGCAAGGCCCCCACGCUCACCAUAACCUCCGAGCCCAACGUUGACAACGUGGAGCUCAGCGACGGCGCCACGGUCGUCUUGACCUGUGAGACGAGCGGGAGCCCGAAGCCGCAGGUCAGCUGGGAGGUGAUCGCAGGCAACCAGAAUCACCUGUUCGUUCUGCCCUCCACCGGAGAGACCAGCGACGCGCCCAUCAACGACAAAACCACCAGCAACCGGUUCCUGGUGUUUCGAAACGGCUCCAUCGUCAUCCCUCGUCUGAGCAAGAAGGAGGACGGGAACUACAGCUGCUCGGCGGUGAACGACCUGGGCAGAGCGGAGGGCGCCGUCCGCCUGGUUCUGACCGGCUCCAAGAAGACCCCCGGCAGCUCCGGGUCCGACUCCGCUCCGGACGCGGGCCGCUCGCCCGCCAAGAAGCCGGCGGACGCCAAACCGUCCAAAAACAACGUCAUCAACUGGUCCAAACCCGAGGACAAAACCAAGAAGAGCCCCGAAAUGUCACCGGACAAAAACGCCGACGGCGUCGCCAAGAACCCCUCGUUCGCCAGCAAGUGCGGCACGCGGGACGGCAGCGAGUACAUCUCCAACCGCGCCUUCAACAUGAGCCUGGACGACCUGAAGCAGUACACCUUCGACUUCGGCGUCAUCGCGCUGGAAGUGUCGGAGACGGAGGCCAAGGUGCAGCUGAACCCGCUGCAGCUCCCCAGCAGCAAAGGCAGCCUCCACGUGAGCCACAGCGAGGCCCAGGAGACGGUGGACAAAGAGCCCGUGGGCCUGUUCCAGUCCGCGGGCAGCAAAACCACGCUGGACAGGCUCUACCUCUGCGUGGACACCGGCAACGGACACUCGGUGGUCCAGUGGUCCAACAUAGAGGAGGGCGUGAACUCCUACCGCUUCCACGGUUUAAAGCCCGGCACCAACUACACACUGUGCCUCACCUAUGGGGGGCAGGACUGCCAGGUCCAGGUGGUCUUCACCACCAGGAAAAAGAUCCCCUCGCUGCUCAUCAUCGUGAUCGUCAGCAUCUUCCUACUGGGCCUGGCCACGGUUCCCCUACUGGGGGCCACCUGCUGCCAUCUGCUGUACAAGUACCAAGGCAAGACCUACAAGCUGAUCAUGAAGGCGCAGAAUCCGGAUCAGCUGGAGAAGCAAAUGACCGGAGACUUUGACCCGCGCGCGUCGUUCGCCGGGUCCGAGAAGACCUUCGACCCCAGCGAGCUGGGCGACGGGGAGGCGGAGGCGGAGGGGGAGGCGGAGGGGGAGGCCGAGGGGAGCGUGGUGACCGAGUCCAUCCCCGGGUCCUCGUCCAAGACCAACCAGGAGGAGUUUGAAGUGGGCUCGGAGUACAGUGACAGGCUCCCGCUGGGAGCGGAGGCAGUCAACAUCUCGGAGGAGAUCAACGGCAAUUACAAGCAGCCGAGCCGCUGAGCCCCGCGCGCCCGCGGCUGCAUUGUAACAUAUUUUCCUUUAGUAGCCUACAUUGAAGCAGGUAACUCGCUCACCAUUUCUACACGUGAAAAAAAAGGUGGAUCUUUGAUUUAGAUUUUUUUUUUACCUCAGAAAUCACCCCGCCAGUCACUGAGAUUGUGAAUUAAUUCGUGUGACAUUUUGUAGUCUGCUGUACGGUUAAAACGAGCGAUGCAAGCACAGUUUUAUACAGUUUACCGGACCUCAGCGGCGACGACAACGCCGCAAACGUUCCCUUUCCGCCGGACAGACGCACCCGCGCGAGGGCGCAGGCUGUGUACGCGUCAAGUCAGACACCAUGAAACGCAAAAAAAACCGAGUUAAAAAAUUACCGCAAAAACAACAACAAUAAACAAAAAGUGCCAUAUUUUAUAAAAACGUUUUAAAAACCGGUGUCAGGGAACGUCUGCACGAGAAAAAGAAACAUCACACGGGGCGAAUUGUUAUUUUCUCAGGUGCACACACUUGACACGUCCGCAUUUGGGUGGUUGUAUUUGAGGAAACGAGGCGAGAAUUGAGACGCAGAUUUGCGGCGCGCCUGCCCGGCAGCGCGCGCGCGCGCGCUCCGGCGCCCUGUGCGCUGCGCUGCGCUGCGAGUCCAGGAAGGAAAUGUCACCUUCAGUUGUGCUGUGCUUGACGGGACCCGUCCGGUUAUUUACCAACAAAAUGUUGUUUCACGUUGUGUAAGGCUUUAAAAGUGUGCGACGUUAACCUCUUAAUCAACGGGUGCUUGCUGUGUACUUCGCUUUUUACCAAGGAACUGUCCGUGGCAUGUCACACGUAUUUCCUUGUGUGGGUUUAGUGUAGUCUCUAGGACUGUAGAUGUUACUGUCAGCCUGUGAUGUGAAGCCGUGUGAACUGAAAUUAUCCUUUGUUUCUUUUUUACGACGGUCAGUUUUAAUCGGAGCCUCGACGCUAAAGGCGCGCGCGAGCGUCUGGCGGCUUCACUGUCCUGUAAUUUGAUGCAUAGUGAGUUUUUGUGAACUUUGUUGUAAAACGAAACGAGAAACCCAGUGGCCGUUAAGGAUUUUUUGAUAUCAUUUUAUGUAAGUGUAAUUAAUAAAACAUGUGAAACUA